GUCAACGCAACUGGGCUGCGCAGCACACGCCGGCAAGGGGGGAGAAAACCUUUAGCAUGGAGCGGAACUGGCCGUCUCUCGGCAGAAAACGCAGGAGCGGCAGCAACUUUGCGACUGACGCGCUGUCUUCACGCAGCCACUUCGGGCAUUUGCUGUGUCCUUAGGAGGAGGACGGCGGUACACAAAUAACUAAAACAUCUCAUACUUUAUGAGAAAGCGGGAGUGGAGCGAAAGGUAUGAGCACAGGACAGUGUAAGAAAUAAAUACAACCAUACUCUCUCUAUAAUCGCUUGGGGUAAUGAGAAAACCGGACAAUUCUUGCAAGCCAGUCCAUUUAACUGGAUUCAGUGUUGCUGUGCUGCAGAAAUGAUGAAAGGGUGUUUCUCACUUUUCCAGAAGAGGAUUUUCCUAAACCAGGAGGCGUCUAAAUGAAAUAAACAUUUCCAAAAUCGCCAGCGUAAUUCGCUUCGCAAGCGUGGUCAUCAGGAUCGGCGCCGCAUGUGGGAAAAGUAUGGGAUGCAUGGGCUGUUUGCAGCGUGAGGACGGACGAGUCAAUGGAGGAUGGUGUCUGCUCUUUAAGGCUGAAGUUUAAGUAAGUUUAUGGGAGGAAAAUGGGUUCCGAAGAUAAAGCGACACAUCUGCUCGUUGAUUGAGUCCGAAGAAGGACAUGACUAGAGUACGUUUCGUGAAUCAAAUCUGGAGAAUGGAGUUUUUUGGAUAUAGAAACAGUCCGACUAACCAGUGCAUAAGAGCAGCCAAUAGAGACCUUUAUUACCUUCGGUCUGAACGCGGAAUUUAUGUUUACUUACGUGGGACUUUCCUGGCAUGCAAAGACUAAUCUACCUUUAAACAUUUUUGCGCAAUUCUGUAAAAACUUUUGAUAUAUGUUUUCAUUGCUGAUGUUACGGAUGAGGAAUCUGUAAAUGGUAACAUUUACAACUGAGGAUUUGAAUCGUUUUCUCAGAUGUGGGAAAGACUAGGAUUCCAAAUGUAUGUACUGGAAUUUAGACCACGAAGCCUUAUUAUCAUCUAAAAAGCAAACGCAUUUAAACUGGUGAAAACUGCAUUAAAUCGACUGGGGGGAAAAGAAGCUCGAAAAGGCACCCGCUCGGUGUUGGCCCUAUGGACAAGAACAUUUCAGCUUACCAAAUGGAGUUGUCACUUUUUGCUGUUGCCCUCAUAUCUUGGGUCUCGGUGUGGGCGGACGAUAGCAAGGUUAUUUCCGACAGAUAUGCAGUCUACUGGAACAGCUCAAAUCCCAGGUUUCUGCAUGGGGAGUACACCGUGGAGGUGAGCAUCAAUGACUACCUGGACAUCUACUGCCCACACUAUGAGGACCCCCUGCCGCAGGAGCGCAUGGAGCGCUACAUCCUCUUCAUGGUCAACUACGACGGCUACACCAGCUGCGACCACCACAUGAAGGGCUUCAAGCGCUGGGAAUGCAACCGGCCCCAGAGUCCCAACGGGCCGCUGAAGUUCUCAGAGAAGUUCCAGCUCUUCACCCCCUUCUCGCUGGGGUUCGAGUUCCGCCCGGGGCACGAGUACUACUACAUCUCAUCCCCACACCCCAACCUUGCUGGAAAGCCCUGCUUGAAGUUGAAAGUGUACGUCAAGCCGACAAAUGACUCGGUGUACGAGUCCCCGGAGCCCUUCCUGACGGACGACAGCACGGGCGGCUCCUCUGCCGCCGCCCCCUGCCUCUCACUCAUGUUGGCCAUGCUGCUGAUGCUGCUCGUCUACUCAUAGCAGCAUUACCCCACCCUGCACCCCCCUCCCACCACCCCCAUCACCAGCUCCGCACCUGCCACCCAGCUCCCACCUCUAGGAGGCGCCCCUCCGGACUCUCCCAGCUCCUCAGGAGCCAUCUGGACAGCGCAAACCCGCAUUGGCCUAACUCACAACACCUCCCCCACCCCCACCCCCCCAACCUGCUGUCACCGCUGCUCAGUGCCGCAGGACAGCUGAUGCCCCCGUCAGCUCUGGAUGUCCAUGCAGCAGCCAGCGAGACGGAAUGAUGGAGCAGAGCUACGAGGGACUGAGCCCCUGCAGUGACCACACCCAGCAGCCCCUCUCUUGUCAUCUUGAUGGAUAACUGUGCAAUUCAGCUAGAAAUACAACUCAUUUCAGUUUAAGGGUUUUUCAGUUUUCUGCUGUUCCCCUUGCAUCUCGAUGGUCAGCUCACGCCAUCGGUAUUUACUUUUCUUCCCCAAGGGUCCCGUAAAAGAGCAUCUUUUGUUCUUCUCAUGAUUUUUUUUGCCCAGGUGGUGAUGUUUUAAUUAGCGUAGGGUUGUGUCCACCUGUAGUGUAGUUUUGUUGCCGUGGAUACGAUCUCGAUCUUUCACGCGUGAUCCCAGCUGAGCCUGGGCUGGUGGAGCCCUUAUCUCUCCUACCUACUCACUGAAAUGUCUCCAUAAAAUUAGAACAUUUGCCGUCCAGUACAGGCUUUUUGUGUAAAUCUGCCAAAGACGCCCAAUUAGAUUUCCUUUUUUAAAAAAAAAAAAAAAAAAAAAAAAACUCGAGGUGGGGGGGUGGGGUAAUUUUGACGUUGAGCGAGCCCCGUUCAGCCAGAGAGCAUUGUGGACGUUCAGAAUCACAGCACAAUGCUCGCCGAAAAAGGACAAUGUUUUUUUAAUGAUCUUUUUUUCAUAUAUUAAAAAAAGAAUGUUUAGUUAAAAAUGAUUCGACAAAUUGCCUUUUUCACUGGUGCUGAAUCAGAUAUUAAUCUAUUUCUCACGAGCUGCAGUGCCAGGUGGAAGGGGGACAUCCUGUGGUGAUGAAGUGUUUUGUGAAUUAUAGGUCUUGCUGUUCUUUCUCUCGUUCCCCUUCGCUCGCGCUCUCUCUCUUCUUCUCUCUCUCUCUUUUCCUCUCUCUCUCGCUCUGAAUGUGGAAUUUUUGCCUUCACACGCAGCCCCUGCUUCGCGUCCCCCACCCGCAAGCUGGCACGGCAGUCCCGGGCGAGAGGUCCGGCGCUGUGUUUGGCGCUGGGUGACCAGAGUCACUCGGUGAGAGCCGGAAGCCUAUGAGCUGCUGGUAAUUGUGCAGGACUGAGGGACCCAGCCCUCUCUCUGGGAACGUAAGGCAGGCAAACAAAAAUGAUUUUUUUUUUGUUUUAAAUAUCUGUAGCACUUCGGCUAAACAAAUGGACACCUGUUUUGCGAAUUUAUAUGUGACUGAGGUAAAGUGGACUCUGACCAAACAUUCUUCUGUAAUAUAGAUCAGUGGAAUGAUUACAGCAACGCCGAUAUAAUGAAAGAAAAACAUGCAAACAAAAAUGUAAUGAAAAGUUACCUAAAUACAAUUUUUGUACUUUGCUUUAUUCUUUUAUUUUUUACUUUUUACUUUUCAAAAAAAAAAACAGGAGAAAUUAUUCAUAAUUAUUCAUAUGUGAUAUGAAAUUAUAAUGUAGACCUUUGAAUGACUAGAGUGAUGAUGGAUCCAGUCUCCGCAGUCUCUGAAGUUUAGAGAAAUCAACUGUUUUGCUAUUGUCGUUGUUAUCCUGCUUGUGUCACAAUGCAUUCUGGUACUUGUAGUCCUGUAAUAAUUCAUUUUAAGUUUUUCAUGUUGUGGGGGGGGGAGGGUAAAAACUUGUUUUGAUUUCCUAUAAAAUGUCUUUGUUUUGGCAAAGGAAAGCAACUGGGGGGAAAAAAAUGAAAAACACAAAUAAAGCUUUUUGUCUAUAGCAGUAAAAACUGUUUUGCACCAUGUGCCUAGGGCUUCUGUACCUAGAAAAUGCAAAAUGAUUAUACUAUGUCAGAAUGUUAAAAACAGCUGUCGCAAACAAUCAUAAAAAUAUGUGUCUUCAUUUUUCGUAUGUAUUUAACUGGGUCAAAUUACAAGGUUAUGUUGUCAGAUGAUAUAAUGUAUGAACACACGUGGCAGUUGGAUUUAAAUGAAAUCUGUUGUGAGUAUAUAUAUUUUAAGAAAAUGAUGGUUUAAGCACGCCAUCAUAAUACUGUUAAAGACUUUAGCUUUAAUUGUAGGGGCCUAUGCCAGAGUCAACAACUUCAGCAACACAGUGGGUAAGUUUAAAUAUGAAUUAAAUAGCAAAAUGUUACCAGCUGGAUCUCUUGAAAGACAAAAAAAAUCUGCGAAUCCGUUUAUGUACUUAUGGACCUGUGCAGAUAGAUCCUUCUAGGCUUGAAAAAAAAGUAGCUGCUACAGAUUUUUUUAUGUCAACUUUGGAAUCACAGAGCUAUCAUCUGAUUUACUUCAUGUCAUUCCGUCACUGGAGUGAGGACUGUGUGUUUGUUCGUGUGCAUGUGUGUGUGUGUGUGUGUUUCAAACUCUUUACCGUGCAGGGGAUAUCUGCAAAAACUCGCAGAAGCGAUUUUGAAGGAUCGAUACUUCACUGCCAUGGAAGCUGGGGCAGGUUUUCCAGAUAAGAGUCCAAACUGGGAGAUUAAUGACAAAAAUAGAAAGAAAAAAAAAAACAGAAAAUAAAUAAAAUAUAGAAGCAGAUGCAAUGAAAUACCACUUCACGGUCUGGCUCAUGUGUCAGCUUAGCUAAGCAUAAGCCUUAAGAGAGAGGGAGACUCACGUCUAAAGAGAGACGAGAGAGAUGUUUGCCGUGUAAAAGGAAUCGAGAUCAGGAAAUGAGGUUUGAUAGCUCCAAGUUCUGUAAGGAUACACCUGUGGGGAGAACCACUACCUUCGGAGGCUGGAAAGUGGGAGGUGGGAUAAUUGGCCGUAGAGGAGGACAUGUUUUCAUGGUGGUGUUUUCUCCUUAAUUGCCUGAUGGAGGCGGCCCCUGCUGUUUGUGUCCAGAGAAACCCCCCCGUGGUCCUUUACAACUGCUAAUGGGUUAGCUGAUGACUGGCAGCAAGCAGUAGCAUUACGGUCCUCCUGCACAGCCACUGCAGGAAUAACAUACACAAACGUCUUAUCAAAUAUUCCCUAAAAUCUCUGCAGAAAAAUUCGUACUGACUUUCUCAAAAAAAAAAAAAAAACUGAAAAACUUUUCUCUUUUUUUAACCUUUUUCUUUUUUGUAUUUGUGAAUUUUUUUCGUUUUCUGUUCCGGGUAGAAUAGCAACCUGCAAGAAUUUGUAGCAAAAAUGCAUAAUGCGAAAAGGGAAAAAAAAAAAUUGCCAGGCAGCAAAUAUUUAUUUCAUGGUGUGCUAAUGCUCUUUUUUGUCCUAUGUUUCUGUCAAACAUUUUAGUUUGAAAAGGUUAUGAAGGGUAUUUUUUAUUUUGAUGAAUCAGGAUGAUUAAUCGUCCUUAUCAACCCCUAGAAUUGUUGCUUAUUCUGAAAAUGUUUUCAAUUUGAAAUUUGUGACCCAUCAUAAAUUAAUAAUAAAGGUAUACCUCAGCCACCGCGAAACCAUUGUAUAAUCACUCAGAUCAGAGGCUGUAUUUUACAUUUUUUCAGGUACGUUUGUGGCAUAAU